CCAUCGUCUACUUUGCCAUUAUAAUCUCUUCGUUUCAUCCACCACUUUUGCAUGAGAUGAAGCAUGUAAGCCCUUGCGCCUGAUCAGUGAAAUAGAAGAAGCAAGAGGGAGAGAGAGAGAGAGAGAGAGAGAGAGAUGGGUUGCUAUCCUCUUGGCAAGAUGGUUUCCAAGGCUUUUGGGAAAUGCAGUGGUAAAGAAAGGAGGAGAUCAUCCAGAGCAUUUAAACUUUCACCCCCACCUUCGUACCUCUACUCCUGCCCAAGAACAGUGGUCAGAACCGUAAAUUUCAGUAACGAGACGCGGACGCCCAUUGUCAUAAUUCCACCCGAUCCAAACCGGCCAUCAGUAACUUCGCCGAAGCCCCACCCGAUGGAGACUACGACACACCACCCUAUCAGCACAACUUCUACAGCCGCCGCCGCUCCGGCCAAGCCAGAAACCUUCGGCGAAGUCCCCCAUCCCCAAGUGGUAAGUUCACCGCCCACAUGCACUGUUCAGAAGGAACCGACGCCAGUCCAGCGCGGCCCACCUCAUUGCUACGUCAUGUCGCCGUUGCCUAGGUGGGAAGAAAGGCCACGGCGGAGGGAGUAUUUCAGUGGAGAGUACUAUUACUAUCCCACCCCUAUUCGUGAGGGUAUUUACAAUAUGGCUGCCGACCCUAAUCGUCUCACGACCAUAUUCAGCGAGGAGAACCCAAAUGCAUGCACGAUUGUAUAAGGAGAUGGAUAAUAAACUAAAUCUCGCAAUUAUUUCUUUUUAUUUUAUUUUAGUUUCCUCCCAUUUAUUUUCUGAGUGCUUUUUAUCUUCUAUUUUGCUUUUAUAGGAAUCUGAUCCCAAAGACCAUAAGAAAAUGUAUUAUUGUGGGGCUUGCGCGCAUAUUAGAAAGAUGAAGACGCAAUCAGUUUGUGCUUUCUAUAUGUAAUUAAUUCCAGAAGAAAGUGACACUAUCCGCAUUAUUAUUGACAACAA